CCGCCAUGCCGCGUCCCACGCAUGCGCCAGUGGCCAGUGCGGGCUCCUCGGCCGGCUCCCACUGAGGCCCCGCCCCGUUUCCUAACCACGGUGCAAGCUCCGCCCACAGGCCGCAGCCCCGGUUGCCAGGCAACGGAGAGCUCCGCCCGGCCUCGCGCGGCCUGGCCAGUUCUCCGGGCGUCCCAGGGCUGCUGGCCGGAACGUGGCUCCGCGCGCCUUCGCCGCUUGGGGGUCCUAGAGCCCGCGGGACAGAGUCUCCAGGAGACUCCUGCACGUCGCUUCUGCGCAGAGCCCCGGGCCCUUUAAGGAAAGUAGGCCCGACCCGCGGGUGCGGCCGGGCGCGCGUGUGAGGCGUCCUCCGCGGCAGUGUCCCUCCGCGGCGGCUGUGAGACGAUCAGGUCCACAGGGAGAUCUGUGGGGCGUGGUGAGUGUUUGGUGUUCUCCCGGGUUGGUCCACGCCCCCAGCCAGCUGACCCAGGACCCCUCUGCAGAAGCGUUCCGGGACAGCAGGCGUCGGUCACCAAGAUGUCCAACCCUUUCCUGAAGCAAGUCUUCAACAAGGACAAGACGUUCCGCCCCAAGCGCAAAUUCGAGCCGGGCACACAGCGCUUCGAGCUGCACAAGAAGGCACAGGCGUCGCUCAACGCCGGGCUGGACCUGCGGCUGGCCGUGCAGCUGCCCCCAGGCGAGGACCUCCACGACUGGGUGGCCGUGCACGUGGUGGACUUCUUCAACCGCGUCAACCUCAUCUACGGCACCAUCAGCGACGGCUGCACGGAGCAGUCCUGCCCCGUCAUGUCGGGGGGCCCCAAGUACGAGUACCGCUGGCAGGACGAGCACAAGUUCCGGAAGCCCACGGCGCUCUCCGCGCCCCGGUACAUGGACCUGCUGAUGGACUGGAUCGAGGCGCAGAUCAACAACGAGGACCUCUUCCCCACCAACGUCGGCACACCCUUCCCCAAGAACUUCCUGCAGACGGUGCGGAAGAUCCUGUCGCGGCUGUUCCGCGUGUUCGUGCACGUCUACAUCCACCACUUCGACCGCAUUGCGCAGAUGGGCUCCGAGGCCCACGUGAAUACCUGCUACAAGCACUUCUACUACUUCGUCAAGGAGUUCGGCCUCAUCGACACCAAGGAGCUGGAGCCACUGAAAGAAAUGACUGCCCGGAUGUGCCACUAAGAGCCCCACAGGCCCCUUGGCGCCCGAACCACCGCAGGGGCCUCGGAGACGUGGAGGACGACGCUCCUGAACCACCGUCACCUUGCUCUCCGGCCUGAGCAUCUCGGGAGCCCAGGGCUGGGCCGCUGAGUGGGUGUGGGUCGUCAGGAGCCCCAGCCCCAGAUGGCGGACGGCUUCCUCACCAUCUCGAGCCUCAGUCUCCCAUCUGGGACUGAACUUGAACUCUGUAAUUCUGUGUGUUACUAGCAACCGGAAAAGCCCACUGUGUUUUUAAACCACUUCCACUUCCCUGGAGGCGGGCCGGCUUCCAGGCUCACUCCCCGCCCUGGGUGGCUCCCACCUCCCAGAAUUUCCACCCCAACCCUAGUCCCCACCCAAUGCUGCCUCCACUUCGCUGGGGAGCGCCUGCCCGGGGCUGCUGCAGCCACAGCCCUGCCUGGGCUGCCUCUCCAGGGCACCCAGCUUGCUGGGCUCCUAACCAAGAGGCUGAGGGGUGUCCCGCCGGCUGAGGGCAGAAAUCUCCUCCCCCGGGCCUUUACCCCCCUGCCGGCAGCCGCUGGUGUCCACUUCACACAGCAGGACGACCUGGACCCAGCAUCGUCUCCUCCCUCCCCGGUCUCUUCCCUUCUUUUUUUUACAGAUUUUUUUUUUUUUUUUUUUUUACA